CUACAGCUUAUAAUUAAAUUACUUUAUUAUAUUCAAAUUAAUUUGAAUGCUUAAUCAAUUAAGCACUUGUGGUGCUUUGCAGGUUAACGGCAAAUGGCACUGCCAUACCGUUAUCCGUGCUAUCAUUCCACUUAGCAAAAUAAAAACAAACAACAGCUGUCCACUUGUGCAAUAGGCAAAGAGCAAAAGUGCGUGUAAAAAGUAAGAAACCCAUAAGCUAAAGAUGUCGAAACUAUUAUCCCUAGGCACUUUGUGCCAGAGAUUUAAGCCAAUAGGUGCGUUUAAAGACCUAGUCAAAUUGCCGCAUUUUUCAACAGCCUCCCCAACAAUGACAAGAGCUGCCGGCACACACAGCCCUCCUCAUACACAACAACAAAAGGGUACUGUUGGUCCCCCAGAAAACAAUGAAUGGCGUUCCAUUUACAGACUACCUUUGAUACCGCUAGCAUCCGCUUUUAACCGUCUCAAAGUUCCCUAUGCUUAUCUCAAUGUUGUUGUCAUACCCGGUGCCUUCGCUUUGGAAAAUGCCUCCCAGCUGCCACCUACUACAGCGAUACUCAUCAGCAGCGUUGGCAUAACCACUUUGUUAACACUUUCGAUUUGUAGUUACUUCAUAAGAAAUCUAGUGGGUAUCAUUUAUAUUAAUGACGACAAUGAUAAACUGAAAGUAGCCUAUGUCGACUAUUGGGGCAAACGACAUGAUCAAGUUAUCGAAUUGAAAGAUUUAGUGCCGGAAAAUGAAAAACGCAGACCCGCGAAACAAGACUUCUAUCAAUCCCUGACUUUGUACAGCAACGACAAGGUAAAGUAUAAACUUUUGCAAAGAUUUGGUCACAUUGAAGAUCCUGAAGUUUUUGUUACAUUAUUUGGUAGCAAUUAAGAUAUUUUAAGUAAUCGUUUGAAAAAGCUGGCUGUACUGUUGUUUGUUGUAUUUAUUUAGCUAAGAAAUGAAUUCCAAGAGAGUCAUUAUUAACUAUUUGUAAAACCAAGGCUCAGGUCUUUGGAUAUAAAAAAGAGUUCAUCCUGCCACAUCUCAUUAAAAACAAUACUCUGUACUCAUUAAAA